CCUAUAGCCCAUCUGCAGCACAGGCCUAUAUAUCCCAAAUGUCUUCGCAUCUGCACCCGGCGCCGGACCGCUCCGUCCACACGCAUGACACGCCGUCCGCUGCGCGCUCCCCAGCUAGCGAAGCGCCCGCGAUGACCACGCUGCGCGCCCCCGCCUGCACACAUUGCUACCGCUCGCGCAAGAAGUGCGGCUGGGAGCGCCCGUGCAAGCGCUGCACGGACUGCGGGCUCGUGUGCGUCGAGCGCGAGCGGGCGGGGCGCAGGGCGCGCGACGUCGUCGGCGCGGAGGGGCUCGCGCUGCAUGCGGACGGCUCCCGCGCACGCCGACGGCUGGGCAUGCCGUGUCCUCCGGGCAGGAGUAGGUGUUCCGAGCGGGCGCUCCGAGUGGGCGUUCCGAGCGGGCGCUCCGAGCGAUGCGUGAGGGGUGCAGUGGGCACGCGGGAUGCUUAUCAGAGUUAGGUUCAAGUGCUACUUGUUAUCCUUGCCGGCAGUUCAUAUCUGGAUCGCGGAACUUGUAUCGUAUAUGUGGGUGGCUGUUCCUAGUUUCUCCGUACAGCGGCUUCCUCUGUCUUCGUGUCAUGGCUCACUUUCCUUUGGAUGGACAUCGGGGUUCCUCGUGUGUCACGGUUUGAUCGUUGUCCCGUGCUGUGUAUAGUAAACUAAUUCAUCGUUACGUUC